GUCGCACAUCGCACAAAUUAUUGGCGGCGCCGUUUUCGUUGCCUGCACCCGUUAAGAGAUUUUGAAAUCGAUUAUAACUUCUGCGUUUCCAACUAGUUGAAAUUUUUAGCAAGAACAAGCGAGGAAUGUCUUUCAGCUUCGGCAACACUGGCUCUGCCGGAGGCUUCUCCUUUGGACAGCCUGCUACGUCGGCGGCUCCCGCGGCAACGACAGCAGCCCCUGCGAGUGGUUUGGCGUUCGGCCAACCCGCAGCAACAGCUACAGGCACCACCACCUUUGGAAUGGGCUCCUUCGGUGCUGCUGCAGCCAGUGCUGCCCCUGCAUCUGCAGCUGGAGGAUUUUCGCUGCCAGCCGCCACUCCAGCAACGGCCACAGCCGCCCCCACCUCAGUUGCCGGUGGCGGCUUUUCCAUCGACGCCGGGAAGUCAUCCCUAUUUGGCGGCAGCGGCCUCUCGUUCGGUGCCUCGACGCUGGCCGCGUCCGCAGUCGCCACCAGUAGCGCUCCUUCCCUUUCCUUUGGAGGAGCGGCCACCGCGACCGCCGCCACAGCCACCUCAGCACCUACCUUUGGAGGAUUCAGCAACCUAUCCGCCGCUGCGCCUGCGGCCAGCACUGCUCCCUCCCUCGCGCCUCAACCUGCGGCCGCAGCGGCGCCUUUGUUGUCCCUUGGGAACCUCCCGAAACAAACAACCGCUGCCGCAUCAGCCACGACCACAGCUACUCCAUUGUUGACAUCAGCGUUGUUUGGAGCCAAAACUACCUCAACUCAGGAGCAGACCUCAACCACAGCUACACCUUCCAGCACCAGUCUGACUACAGUACCAACAACUGUAGCCAGCUCGAAUCCCAAGCUCUCCUACUCGACCUUGGAGUCAGAAAUCAACAAGUGGGCCUACCAGUUGGAGGAGCAGGAGAACAUUUUCAUCCACCAGGCCACGCAGGUCAACGCUUGGGACAGACUUCUGCUUGAAAGUGGAGACAAGAUUACCGAGCUGAACAGCACAAUUGAGACUCUGAAGGUCGAACAGCAGAAGUUGGACCUGGAAUUGGAUUACAUUUCCAGCCUGGAGCGCGAACUUGAGGACAGCAUCGCUCCGAUAGAAACUGCCAUAUCCACAAUGCAAUUGGCCGAUCCAGAGCGUCAGCAAACGUACGAGAUGGCAGAAAACCUGGAUGCCCAGACCAAGCAAAUGGCCAAUGACCUGAAGAAGAUUAUUAACCACCUGAAUGUCAUCAACAAAGAGCAGGACGAGAACAAUCCUGUCGUUCAGGUGGGAAGAAUAUUAAAUGCACACAUGAAUUCGCUGCUCUGGAUCCAUCAGACAGCCACAGCCAGCCAGUCUCAAAUGGACGAGGCGUCGAAAGUGAUUGAUCUUCUAAAGAAGGAACUCUUGGACCAUUCUGCUCUACUCAAACAAUAAUUAUUUUCUGGAUUUAUGUUAACUUUAAUUAAAUAGUUUUUCAUCAGAGAAAAUACUAAGAAUUUGAUUCAA